AUGAAGACUUGUAUUUCCGUUGUUUUCCUCGCUACAACUGUAGCUUUGCCGUUGGAGAUUUCAAAUGAUGACAGUAUUCGCGACCUCUAUGUCGGCGUGGAACCAUUUAGUGGUCAAGUUCUUCCUGAAGAAUUUUAUCUCCAAAGCAGCGAUUCUCAAGUAGAUGAACUAGAGCUGAAAGAUGGAAAUCAUGGCGACGAUUAUGCUAUAAUAGAGUUUGUUCAAGUUCCAUACUUUUCAGAGGAAGAGUUGCAGCAAGAAAGUGAUCAGCAACAAAAGAGCAUCCUUUCACUUAUUGACGAAGGUGCAUUAAGCAGCGAUUAUGGUGUUAUAGCGCAGCAAGAACACGAAAUCCUGUGGAAAGAUGAGGAUAUGGGACAAGAAAGCCGAGACUUGAAUCUAUCUUCUCUUCCUGGUCUACUGAUCUUCUAG